GGCCUCGCCCCUGGGGACUGCGCCGCCAUGCUGCACCUGCUGGCUCUUUUCCUGCACUGCCUCCCGCUGGCCUCUGGGGACUACGACAUCUGCAAAUCCUGGGUGACCACGGAUGAAGGCCCCACCUGGGAGUUCUAUGCCUGCCAGCCCAAGGCGAUGCGUCUGAAGGACUAUGUCAAGGUGAAGGUGGAGCCCUCCGGCAUCACGUGCGGAGACCCCCCUGAGAGAUUCUGCUCCCAUGAGAACCCCUACCUGUGCAGCAACGAGUGUGACGCCUCCAACCCGGACCUGGCUCACCCGCCCCGGCUCAUGUUGGACAGGGAGGAUGAGGGCCUGGCCACCUACUGGCAGAGCGUCCCGUGGAGCCGCUACCCCAGCCCGCUGGAGGCCAACAUCACCCUGUCGUGGAACAAGAGCCUGGAGCUGACGGACGACGUGGUGGUGACGUUCGAGUACGGCCGGCCCACCGCCAUGGUCCUGGAGAAGUCGCUGGACAACGGGCGCACGUGGCAGCCCUACCAGUUCUACGCAGAGGACUGCAUGGAGGCCUUCGGCAUGCCCGCCCGCCGCGCCCGCGACCUGUCGGCAUCGGGUGCCCACCGGGUGCUGUGCACCGAGGAGUACUCGCGCUGGGCCGGCUCCAAGAAGGAGAAACACGUGCGCUUCGAGGUGCGGGACCGCUUCGCCAUCUUUGCCGGCCCCAACCUGCGCAACAUGGACAACUUGUACACGCGGCUGGAGAGCGCCAAGGGCCUCAAGGAAUUCUUCACCCUCACCGACCUGCGCAUGCGGCUGCUGCGCCCGGCGCUGGGCGGCACGUAUGUGCAGCGGGAAAACCUGUACAAGUAUUUCUACGCCAUCUCCAACAUCGAGGUCAUGGGCAGGUGUAAGUGCAACCUGCACGCCAACCUGUGCUCCGUGCGCGAGGGCAGCCUGCAGUGCGAGUGUGAACACAACACCACAGGCCCCGACUGCGGCAAGUGCAAGAGGAGCUUCCGCACACGGUCCUGGCGGGCUGGCUCCUACCUGCCGCUGCCCCACGGCUCUCCCAAUGCGUGUGCCGCCGCAGGCUCUGCCGUUGGCAACUGCGAGUGCUAUGGCCACUCCAAUCGCUGCAGCUACAUCGACUUCCUGAACGUGGUGACCUGCGUCAGCUGCAAGCACAACACACGAGGUCAGCACUGCCAGCACUGCCGUCUGGGCUACUACCGCAACGGCUCCGCGGAACUGGACGACGAGAACGUGUGCAUUGAGUGUAACUGCAACCAGAUCGGCUCCGUGCACGACCGGUGCAACGAGACCGGCUUCUGCGAGUGCCGCGAGGGCGCGGCGGGGCCCAAGUGCGACGACUGCCUCCCCACGCACUACUGGCGCCAGGGCUGCUACCCCAACGUGUGCGACGACGACCAGCUGCUGUGCCAGAACGGCGGCACCUGCGUGCAGAACCAGCGCUGCGCCUGCCCGCGCGGCUACACCGGCUUGCGCUGCGAGCAGCCCCGCUGCGACCCCGGCGCCGCGGACGGCGGCCUGGACUGCGACCGCGCGCCCGGGGCCGCCCCGUGCCCCGCCACGCUGCUCGGCUGCCUGCUGCUGCUGCGGCUGGCCACCUGCCUGGACUGCUGA